UUUUAUCUGAUAUAUAACAGGUUAUUUAUAGACUCUAUUUUGCUAGUUAUCAAUUUGAUGUUUGUUAUAGGAGUAUUAGUUAUCUGUAAUUGUCUUUUACAUGACUUGAUAUAUCAAACUAUUUUACAAUGUAUAUCACUCUAAAAAACAUAGGAUGGUCAUAUUUUUCGUUUCAAGAACUUUGAAAUUAAUUCGUUCAAUGUGCUUGAGGAAGAGCAUUAUGGUGACAGCAGGGUCAGACGUAGUAUUCUGGUGACGGGUUCAAUUGAACCCAUAACUUUCGACGCGGGGUAUAACUUUAAUUUAUGCGUAAAAAUUUACAAAAAACUCAAAAAUAGUAUAUAUGAACUCAUAACUUUAAAAAUAUAAUAGGUUCAUUAUUAAGAACCUUAAAAGUUGAACCCAUAGAGCUAAAAUUUUGGGUCCGCCUCUGGGUGACAGGACUAACCUUGUUUUCCUUUAUUCUGGUUGAAAUGCAGUCUGGAUAUAUAUACUUCUAUAACACAAGAACACAAAAGAGAACAUCAAGGGAUCCUAGAUUGAGUCCUGAGCCACAAAGUCCAGACCAUAUGAGUUUAGACCUUCAACUGAAUUUACCAUGUGGAUCAUCAGAGAACAACCAAGUGGUUGACAACUUCAAUAAACGUAAUUCUGUUAGCAAUUCAAGUUACUCCGGUGGUGAUGCCGAGAUCAAAAGGCGUGGUAUCGCUCAUUCUCUGUCGUGGUUGACGUUUGAUGGUGAUCAACAAGAGAUGUUCACUGCAGUUUGCAAGAAGUAUCAUGUGUUGGUAAUGAUGUGCAAAUCUUCACCAUCAUGUCCAAACUGCAAAUUCAUCAACCCGGCGCCAGACCUGAGCACUCCUACAUACCCUGUUCAAGAGAAGGCUAUGCCUCUCAUGUUUAAUGAAAGAAGUAUUCUAGUUACCAAAGAUUGAGGGUAAAAUGUAGCAAUAUGAUAAGUGUGGAUUCAUGUAACCGGCCUAAGUUUGCUUGGGAUUGAGACGUAGCUGUUGUUGUUUUUCAGGGUAUGAAAGAUUGUCUGUAGCAUCAUUUGAGCUGCAAUCUUUUAAAUAUAUAGCUUCCUAGUCCCUCCAUUUAACUUCUGUUGCUCCUUUAUAGAGAGGGAAAAUAGGAAAAGGGAAAGAGUUUUUAUACUUCAGUUAAAUGUUUAUAUUGAUAUAAUGUAAUAACUAAUUGAAGAAAGCUGGAAACUGACCGUGUUAGUCCAAGCAUUUGGUAUCAAGAUUGGUAGGAAGCAAUGGGUUAAGAAAUUGCAACGUCAAACUUUUGAAUUGGGAUGGCACAGUAAGAAUGGAUUUCACAUCAUUCAAUA